CCGGGGCGCAGGAGCGAGGACCGGGCUGGGGCUCUCCGAGGACGGCGGCGACGCGCGGAGCCCUGGGGGUGCCCCUCCUCGCGUCUCGUAAAUUAAGUUCCUCUCUGCCCGUUAGGGCAAGUCAGCCAAGGUAGAAAAUGGUUGCCUGUGCUCACUUACUGUGAAGAUUUGGAAUCAGACAACUACAACUUUGAUUCUCCAAGUGUUUCAGGAUGUAAAUGCAGUCUGACCUUUCCCUGAUGGGCAGUUAAAUCAUGGACACACUAAACAAUUUACUUUGGACUGUCCUUCCAAAAGAUGCUUUGGCUUCUCUCUUGAAUGCUCACUAAGCAUUUAUAACUGACAAGGAAAAGAAAGAAGACUGUGAACUGGAAAGCUAUCUUACAAUGAAAAUUACGAGCACAUCUUGUAUUUGUCCAGUCCUAGUGUGUCUCUGUUUUGUGCAGAGGUGUUAUGGAACUGCUCACCACAGCUCCAUCAAGGUGACCAGAAACCAGACCAAACACAUUGAAGGUGAAACCGAAGUCCACCACCGUCCCAAAAGGGGAUGGGUUUGGAAUCAGUUCUUUGUUUUAGAAGAACACAUGGGACCAGAUCCACAAUAUGUUGGAAAACUGCACUCCAAUUCUGACAAAGGUGAUGGCUCUGUCAAGUACAUCCUUACUGGAGAAGGGGCUGGGACUAUAUUUAUCAUUGAUGACACCACCGGUGACAUCCAUUCAACGAAAAGCUUAGACAGAGAGCAGAAGACCCACUAUGUACUUCAUGCCCAGGCUAUCGACAGACGAACAAAUAAGCCUCUUGAACCUGAAUCCGAGUUCAUAAUCAAAGUACAAGACAUCAAUGACAAUGCUCCUAAGUUCACAGAUGGGCCAUAUAUCGUCACUGUGCCUGAAAUGUCAGAUAUGGGUACCUCUGUUCUACAGGUGACAGCCACAGACGCAGAUGACCCCACCUAUGGAAACAGCGCCCGAGUGGUUUACAGUAUCCUCCAGGGACAGCCCUACUUCUCGGUGGACCCUAAAACAGGAGUUAUUAGAACUGCCUUACAUAAUAUGGACAGAGAAGCCAGAGAACACUAUUCUGUGGUCAUUCAAGCCAAAGACAUGGCCGGACAAGUUGGGGGGCUUUCAGGAUCGACAACGGUCAACAUCACCCUGACGGAUGUCAAUGACAACCCCCCACGGUUUCCUCAGAAGCACUAUCAGCUGUAUGUUCCUGAGUCAGCUCAAGUUGGGUCAGCUGUUGGGAAAAUCAAGGCAAAUGAUGCAGACACUGGUUCAAAUGCUGACAUGACCUACUCCAUCAUUAAUGGUGAUGGUAUUGGGAUAUUCUCCAUCUCCACUGACAAAGAGACCAGAGAAGGGAUCCUUUCUUUAAAGAAGCCACUGAACUAUGAGAAAAAGAAGUCAUAUACUCUCACCAUAGAAGGAGCAAAUACACACCUUGAUUUUCGCUUUUCUCACUUGGGUCCUUUUAAAGAUGCUACCAUGCUGAAGAUCAUUGUUGGGGAUGUAGAUGAACCACCACUGUUUUCCAUGCCUUCUUACAUCAUGGAAGUCUAUGAAAAUGCCAAGAUCGGGACUGUUGUUGGCACAGUUUUGGCACAAGAUCCAGAUAGCGCUAAUAGCUUAGUAAGAAGAAUUGAGGUUCCUGUACCCCGGUAUGGACUGAGGGCAAGGCCAUUCCAGUCCAGAGGACCUGACAAUCCGGGUUUGCUGAGCCAUGUCACAGUGGGUAUUAGAGUUCUGGAUGUCAAUGACAAUCCUCCCGAACUUGCCAGGGAAUAUGAUAUUGUUGUCUGUGAAAAUUCUAAGCCUGGCCAGGUUAUUCAUACCAUCAGUGCCACUGAUAAAGAUGAUUUUGCAAAUGGACCAAGGUUUAACUUCUUUCUUGAUGAACGCCUGUCUAUAAACCCAAACUUCACUCUGAAGGACAAUGAAGAUAACACAGCCAGCAUUCUGACAAGGCGGAGGAGAUUUAGUCGAACUAUUCAGGAUGUGUAUUAUCUCCCCAUUAUGAUCUCUGAUGGUGGAAUCCCCUCUCUCAGCAGCAGCAGCACCCUCACCGUCAGGGUUUGUGCAUGCGAGAGAGAUGGGCGCGUGCGGACCUGCCAUGCGGAAGCGUUCCUGUCCUCGGCUGGCCUGAGUACAGGAGCCUUAAUCGCUAUUCUGCUGUGUGUUGUCAUCCUCCUCGCAAUUGUAGUACUUUUUAUCACCCUGAGACGCAGCAAAAAAGAGCCCCUGAUCAUUUCGGAGGAGGACGUGCGAGAGAAUGUGGUCACCUACGAUGACGAGGGGGGCGGGGAGGAAGACACCGAGGCCUUUGACAUCACAGCCUUGAGGAAUCCAUCUGCCGCCGAGGAGCUCAAGUAUCGGAGAGAUAUCAGGCCCGAAGUGAAACUCACCCCCAGACACCAGACAUUGUCCCCUCUGGAAAGUAUAGAUGUCCAGGAAUUUAUUAAGCAAAAACUGGCAGAAGCCGACCUAGACCCCAGCGUCCCCCCUUAUGACUCUCUUCAGACUUACGCCUACGAAGGUCAGAGAUCAGAGGCUGGGUCCAUCAGCUCGCUGGAUUCAGCAACGACACAGUCAGACCAGGAUUAUCACUUCCUUGGAGACUGGGGACCUGAAUUUAAAAAGUUAGCCGAACUCUAUGGAGAAAUAGAAUCGGAAAGAACAACUUAGGGGGUUAAUUCUUGUAAAUGUUCUAGAAUUCGCUUCCUGAGCAAGUGGAGAUAUAACCUCAGAGAUGGCAAGGAAGACACGUGGAAACAGUACUUGGAACUGAGCAAGCUGUCCACAGCUACUGUAGAAACAAGUGCCCUUUUCCUGAUCGAAACUGGGUCAUUUAAUCAGAAGAAAGUCAAAUUGGAAAAAAAAAUACACAGAAAAAGCUAUUGUUCCUUGUGUAUAUUUUCAAUUGCUCAAUAAAGUCUGUGGUACUGUUUAAUUAAGAAUCCCUGAAUGAAGCCAAACAAUGAUACUUGUUUCGAUAUCUUGUGAUUUCUUUUCAAAGGCAAAACUAAACUGAAAGGUUCAAAACCACUUAGGAUUAGGGGUGGUGCACUGCAAAAGGAAACUUGUGCGGGUACUCGGGACCUCGUUUUCCACUUCUCUGUGUGGACUCUUGAGCCCCUCACUCUGUUACUGUGCAAGCUCUUAUUAGCAUUGUGUUGUGUUCAAAUGCCAUGAGGUUUAUCCAGUAAACUGGGCCACGCUGUCUGGACUUGUAUGCGCCAUUUUCCUUUGCCCUCCCCACUUCUUUUCUCCAUAUGAAAUUGAUGGAACAUGGGGACUUGCUGCUUGCUCUCUAAUGUAUGCAACUUCUGUGCACCACCUGUGCACUGCUCUGAAGCAGAGACCAAUGUCUCUGUCCUGCCUGCCCUCCUUUAUUUUCGCAAUAGAACCCCCACCCUUGUUUUUUUUUUUUUUUAAUGGAUAGAAUAAACGGUUUCAGUAAGACACACUCAGAUAAUCUGAUAUGUCAGGGAAAGAUUUAAUUUAACAAAUAGCCAGACACCUUAUUCUACAUAAAACUUUGGAAAACUCAAUUAUUUCUUCCAGUCCAUUUGCUUUCAUGCAUUAAAUCGCGGUUUUGAUCAUUCCGAUACCUAAAAUUAGUUGUUGCACAUUUCACUGGUUGCUUUAGUCAUCGGUCUCAUUUGCUUAUUUAUGUGUACCUCACACAAUAGCAAUGUAAUCUGAAAAGAUGGUAAUAAUUCUUAGACUUUGAAUUGACUGACCUUUAUUCCUUACACACAUUCAGAUUGUCCCCCUCUCACUGGUUGUAUCUGUUUGGGAUCUAUAGCAAAGUGUAUAAAACUGAAGCCAAAAAUAUAGGAGAUUCAUAGUUAUUAACCUUGGAAACGUGCCUCAAAGUCUCUGAGCUUCAGGGUCCCAAACUGCAAACUAGAGGUGGUGAAGACUUCCUAUCUCCUGGGUUUGUGUGAGGAUAAAUAAGCAUCUGUAAAAAUGCUUUGCGCACUGCAAAGUGUUCUGUUAUGUAAACGCUUGCAGGCACUAUCUGAUUUUCUAGUUCUAAUAGCUUAUAAAUAUAUAGUUCCAUACAUUUGAACAAAAUAUUAUAUUAUCAUGAGAGAAUUUCAUAAAAUUUUCAACAGUAAAGCAAGUGCUAACUAAACAUAUAAUACACAAGUUUAAUUAUUUUGGUAUUUUCCCAAAUAAACUAAUUUUCUUCAAAUUUCUUGGGUUUUUCUUCCUAAAAUUGUUUAGAUAAUACUUUGCUGUUGUUGCUGUUGUUAUUAAAAUAAGCAUAAUGGUCCUAUCCUCCAAGCAUUAACCUAUUUAUGUUUUGCAGCUAGACUGAAAUUUGGAAACCCACAAAUUAAUAAUUUUCUCAAGGAGGAAUCUUUCCUUUGCUCUUUGAAAUUUAUCAAAAUCUAAUGUCCUCAAAAUUUACAUGGCCUUUUCUGUCUGAUUCUACCUAUGUGCAAAAUUUAAAUUUUCCCUCUGUUUGCAACUGCCCUGUGCUAUCAUAUUUCCGUUUUGAGGUAUGGGAAGUAAGUAAGUUUAACUCGAAUAAUUCUGUGUUCUAAGACUGAGGAAUAAAAUUUAAUUUAAGUUUUUUACACCA